UCAAUUAUAUUAUAUAUCUCUUGUAUACUACAAAAAAGAGAGAGAAUUGUAUUUCUCUCAAUGAUAUGACUUUUUAUAAAACAAAAAUGAAACAGUCAUAUACGGUCAACGCCAUUCAAAAUUCAAACGUAAAGAGCGACAGCUUGCGGUUUCAUCGGGUGACUUUUCUAGCUCGCUUUCAUCAUCACCUUGCACAUAAAAAAUAAGCAUGAUCAACAAGCUGCCGGAUUCUCCAUUCGCUUGCUUGCUGUUUCUAGCGAGACUGAUACAAGGCUUCGUCCGAGUGCAGCCGCCUGUGGUAGAUCUACGUACGGUACGGUACCGUAUACCGGCGCGCCUGUGUAGGCGAAAUCAGCUAGCUUGUAUUUGUAGCAGUAUAGACUAUAGUACACAGUGUCGUUAGUGGGUCGUUGAUUGGAGAUAGACUUCUGCUGAAGCUUGGAACUGUUCAUGUUUCCUCCUAUUAAGAAACACAGGUCAGAUGAUUGACAGAAUGAGACUCGCGCUCGGCUCAUACCACACAACAAUAACAUGUCAACAUCAAAAGACGGCAUUAUUUGUUAAUGUUAUGAAUUAUUGGUAACGUCACUUCAGGCUCAGCCUUUCGUCUUGAUCUCGCGACUGUGUUGCCAGAACUUCAUUCAACUUCAAGUUCCAAUUAUUUGGUGUUUCGUGUAGACAGACAGCAAACAUCAGUCUCGGACAAGUCUAAAACAUUUUGUUUCAAAGCUUAGACUGGAGAAGCUUCUCUGGAGCCAUAAUUGGUCAGGUUACAACCCCAAACCACAAAGCAGCUGCCAUCAGGUGCUCGUUGGCCUGUCAAUGGUUUAAGAGUUCAGCAAGCCUCUGUGACCACCAGUGACAAAAAUCUCAUUUCGUAACCGUGUCUCGCGAGGAUUUCGUCGGUGGAUCAGUGCUGGAUGCAAGUCAUGCCAAAUUAGUCCGGGAGGAAGGGGAAUUUAUGUGGAUCAAAGCAAUGAGUGUUUGAUUUUCUUUUUGAAUCAUCAGGAGUGUAUUGUUCGUAGAAUUGGUAGGCGAUCAUGCACAGAAUGAAUGGAUCCCCCAAAAUGGGGACAAGGGUACAAUGUCCAGGGAGCCCAAAGAUGGGCAGGGAGAGGAGCAGGACUCCACCAAAUCCAAUGAAAGGGCAACCAAUGAGUAGCCCAAAACUGGGGCGAUCAACAAAGGCACAUAGUUUAGGAAAUAUCCACGCCAACCAUGAACUGAGCAUUGCAGAGCCUCCACCCCCUUUGCAGCAUGCUUCGUCAGGACCCAUUCAUGUUAGCUCACACAUUCAUGCACCGCGACCGCAUAAAGCACCGAUGGUGAUGGACCCUAGUGAAACAAUGCCACAUCCAUUAGAUAUCAAGUUAAUGUCAGGAGGCCCACCGAAGGCAGGCGAUGUGACACAUGUCGGUGCUACAAGGAUUCACAGUUUGGGGUAUGGGACAGGAAGCGAUAGCAGCAGAAGUGGCACUCCACCUCAUUGCUUUGACAAUCCUAUGGAAGACAAGGAAGAGAUGAGGCUUAGAGAGCUGGAGGAAGCAAGGGCCAGAGCAGCACAGAUGGAGAAGACAAUGCGAUGGUGGUCAGACUGUACAGCAAACUGGAGGGAGAAGUGGGGUAAGGUUCGUGCUGAGCGUAACAAAGCCAGAGAAGAGGUCAGGCAGCUACGACUCAAGCUAGAAGCAACCAUGAAAGAAGCGAUAUCACUAAAGCGAGAGAAACAUGGACUUCUUGUAGACAAUGAGCAGUUGCGCCUUAAAAUCAAACAAAGCAGUGGAGGAGACGUUGAAGCCUCCCCUCUAGACAAUGUGAACCAUGCCAGUGAUCUACCAGAGAGGGAUGUUGGUGUGAUACAGCUUCCGCAAGACCUAGCUCCGCCACAGGGAGUGGACUUUGUCUCACAGCUCAUGGAGUCACAAGAUUUGCCAUCGCAGGAAGUGACCCUCUGUGACACCAUGAGCCAGACCGAUCUUCCAAUCUGCAGACCCAUGGAGAUCCAGACCUCUCCUGGAUGGGGUCCUGAUGAGACUUCAAGCACCAUAAUGGGUAAUGGCUCCUUCAUUUUGGGCGGUGGGCUCCAUGAUUUAAACCUGGACAGCAGGAGAGGAAGCCAGGGCUCCUCAUCCCACGGCUCCAGGGAUAGCCCAAGCAGGAGAGGUAAGACCAAAGAGAUGCCAUCACCAUCGGAAGAGAAGGCUGAACAGAGGGCUUUCAUGCUGCAGAUGAAGCUAGAUGAGGCUUCCAAGACCAUCCAGGUGGAGAGGCAAGAGAAGGACACCCUUCAUCAAGCCAUUAACAAGUUAGAACAAGAGGUAUCAUCUCUGAAGAUCAGAACAUCAGAUCUUCAAGAGGCAAAGGACACUGCAAUCAGGGAGGUGCAACUAUUGAAGACAUCUCAUCAACAGGAGAUAGGUAGAAUCAUUAAUGACCUUGAAGAUGAAGCCAGCUCUAGGAAUCACAUGGAUAAGAGACUAGGUGCACUACGGAAAGAGCUUGAGAGGCUCCAGGCGGAGAACGCAGCGGAAUGGGGCAAGAGGGAGCGCCUGGAGACUGAGAAGCUGAACCUGGAGCGGGAGAACAAGAAGCAGAGAUCUGAGAUUGAGGAUCUCAGGGAGACCAUCUCCAUCAGGAGCAAACAGACCACCAUGGAGAUGGAGAAUACUAUUAAGAACACACAGGAGGAUCUCAAAGCUAAGUCUGCGGAGCUAACGGAACUGAAGCACAGUCAUAACAAGAUGAAGAAGCUGCUAGCGGACAAACUGGCCGAGCUAGACCACACCACCACCAGAUGUCAACAGCAUGAAGAAGAUGUCAAGAAACUUAGAAUAAGAGUGGACGAACUGAAGAGAGAUCUUGCUAGGAGAGAGGAUGAGGUCGAUGAGAGAAUAAACUUUGUGAAGAAAAUUCAGAGGAACCUGGACGAGACGUUACAACAGAAUGAAAACCUCACCCUUCAAAUAGAUCAUCUACAAAACAGACUACGUACUCAGACUUCAAAUCUUACUAUUGCCAAGAAGAGAAUGUCAACUCUGAAGAGGAAUGAUAAUAAAAGUGAUACCGAGUCCUGUUCUGACUGAUCAAGAAGUGGAUAG